CCCCGGGUGCCCCUAAGAUGGCGGCGAGGGAGACGGUGAAGGUUGUCGGCUGCUCUUCUGGUCCGUAACUGCCGUCUCCCUGUCCCCCCGCGGCCGGCCCAUGGCCUGACGGCAGCCCACACCAUGGACCUCCACACUGCCGUGUACAAUGCCGCUCACGGCGGCAAGCUGCAGCUGCUCCAGAAGCUGCUCAGCGGCCGGAGCCGGGAGGAGCUCGACGAGCUGAUGGGCGAAGUGGCCACCGGGGGGACGCCGCUGCUCAUCGCCUCCCGCUGCGGCCACCUGGACGUGGUGGAGUUCCUGGUGGACCGGUGCGGCGCGAGCGUGGAGGCCGGCGGCUCUGUGCACUUCGAUGGCGAGACCAUCGAGGGCGCGCCGCCGCUGUGGGCCGCCUCGGCCGCCGGCCACCUGGACGUGGUGCGGAGCCUGCUGCGGCGCGGGGCCUCGGUGAACCGCACCACGCGCACCAACUCCACGCCCCUGCGCGCCGCCUGCUUCGACGGCCACCUCGAGGUGGUGCGCUACCUGGUGGGUGAGCACCAGGCCGACCUGGAGGUCGCCAACCGGCACGGCCACACCUGCCUCAUGAUCUCGUGCUACAAGGGCCACCGCGAAAUCGCCCGCUACCUGCUGGAGCAGGGCGCACAGGUGAACCGGCGCAGCGCCAAGGGCAACACUGCCCUGCACGACUGCGCCGAGUCCGGCAGCCUGGAGAUCCUGCAGCUGCUGCUGGGUUGCAACGCCCGCAUGGAGCGUGACGGCUACGGCAUGACCCCCCUGCUGGCGGCCAGCGUGACCGGCCACACCAACAUCGUGGAAUACCUCAUCCAGGAGCAGCCCGGCCAGGAGCAGGCCCGGCCAGGGCUCGCCCAGGAAGGCGGCUCCACCAGCCAGGGCUCCCUACAAGGGGCUCGCAACUGCGACUCCUCGACAGAAGAGCAAGUCAACAGCGAAUCCUAUGAGAGCUGCUGCCCCACCAGCAGGGAGGCCGCUGUGGAAGCCUUGGAGUUGCUGGGAGCCACCUACGUGGAUAAGAAGCGCGAUCUUCUUGGGGCCCUCAAACACUGGAGACGGGCUAUGGAGCUGCGGCACCAGGGGGGCGAGUAUUGGCCCAAACCGGAGCCCCAGCAGCUGGUCCUGGCCUAUGACUACUCGAGGGAGGUGAACACCGCGCAGGAGCUGGAAGCGCUGAUCACAGACCCGGACGAGAUGCGCAUGCAGGCUCUGCUCAUCCGAGAGCGCAUCCUGGGCCCCUCGCACCCGGACACGUCCUAUUACAUUCGGUACCGCGGCGCGGUGUACGCCGACUCCGGCAACUUCGAGCGCUGCAUCCGCCUGUGGAAAUACGCCCUAGACAUGCAGCAGACCAACCUGGAGCCGCUGAGCCCCAUGACCGCCAGCAGCUUCCUGUCCUUUGCCGAACUCUUCUCCUAUGUGCUGCAGGAUCGGGCUGCCAAGGGCAGCCAGGGCAUGCAGAUCGGCUUCGCAGACCUCAUGGGGGUGCUCAGCAAAGGGGUGCGGGAGGUUGAGCGAGCCCUGCAGAUGCCCAAGGAGCCCGGGGACUCGGCCCAGUUCACCAAGGCGCUCGCCAUCAUCCUGCACCUUCUCUACCUGCUGGGCAAGGUGGAAUGCAGCCCCAGCCAGGAGCACCUGAAGCACCAGACCGUCUACCGCCUGCUCAAGUGCGCGCCCCGCGGCCGCAAUGGUUUCACGGCCCUGCACAUGGCGGUGGACAAGGAGACCACGAACGUGGGCCGCUACCGCGUGGGCACCUUCCCCUCGCUGCACGUGGUCAGAGUGCUGCUGGACUGCGGGGCCGACCCGGACAGCAGGGACUUCGACAACAACACGCCGCUGCACAUCGCAGCCCAGAACAACUGCCCGGCCAUCAUGAGCGCCCUGAUCGAGGCCGGCGCCCACAUGGACGCCACCAACGCCUUCAAGAAGACGGCCUACGAGCUGCUGGACGAGAAGCUGCUGGCUAGGAGCUCCGUGCAACCUUUCAACUAUGUCACCCUGCAGUGCCUGGCCGCCCGCGCCCUGGACAGGAACAAGAUCCCCUACAAGGGCUUUAUCCCUGAGGAGCUGGAGGCUUUCAUCGAGCUGCACUGACCUCCCUGCCCCGCCUAGACGGGAGGGGUGGGCGGAUGGGCAGCAGGUGCCCAUUCUCGCCUUGUGGAGUUGAGCGUGAGGUGGGAGAAGGGCUCCCCUGCCUCCCGGCUCCUCCACCCAUGCCCGGGAAGCGGGUGAGCGAGCUGCCGGGGCCGGAAGGUGAGAAGUGUCACUGCGGGAGCCCACCCACCCGCGCGGCCUUGAUGCCUGAACAUGCCGCCUGCGUGCGGUUGCCUGGGUGUCGGAGGAGCUGUUCCCUUGUGCUAGAAACACAGGAAGAGGCCGAGAACUGGGGCCCGGGCGCCCAGCACACUCGGCCAGGCCUCCCCGAAGUCGGAGAGUCAAGAAAGCAAGGCCGCUCGGCUCGGUUCUCCCAGCACGGUCGCCCUGAGCGCCCCCGGCCCGGGCAGCCUGCACUCGCGUAGCUUGCGGCUGGUUUGGGUUUCCGUAGAAAGCAGGCGGCUUCCGAGCACUGCACACGCGACCGGCGAUGUGGCUGGCUUCCGUAGUGACUUCGUGGGGAUGUCAGGACUCGAUGUUCCCCUCAAGGCCUCGGGCUUUCGUGUUGUGUCGGGGCCGACGGGCCUGUGACGGGCAGUGGCUUGGUGAGCGGCGUCAGCUCGCAGCCCCGGUCACAAGGACGGGCGUCUCCGUCUUUAUGGGCCUCCCGACUGCAUUCACCUGAAAGAACUUUUUCUCGCCAAGGAUGAGGUCAGGUGCCAACGGAACAGCAACAGAACUUGACAGGUUCGCCACCCUGCGUCUGUCACUGCCUCGGAGGUCCCCGAUGUGUCACGGUGGGCGCCUGGACAAGCGGCCCUUGCCGGG